UCGCCAUAGUAGCUACGAUCAGUAAACGCUUUUCUUGAUCAUCCGUCACAUCAGCUCCGCAAUACCGACAGGAGACAAACAGGAAAUUAUAAUCAAAAGACAGCUGUAAGAGUGUUUGCUCCCUUUUAUUUGUAAGAAACAAGUGUAUUCCUGUAAUACAACUACCUGUAUUAAUUCUCCCGUAGAGACAAUGCUUCAGUGUCUGUCUGGAAGUUCUUGUGCGCGCGUCAUAGAAGGUUACAGGUCUACGUGGUAUUUCUUGGUCUUGGUAUUGGCGUAUGUGUUAUAUCUGAUAUUCGGUGCUUUGGUGUUUUCCGCGGUGGAGCUGCCGUAUGAAGAGCAGCUUCGGCAAGAGCUUCGGACCGUGAAGCAGCAGUUUCUAAAUGAUAAUGAAUGUGUGUCCGAGGAAAGACUGGAGGAGUUUCUCACCAGGGCUUUAGAAGCGAGUAACUACGGUGUGUCGGUUCUCGAUAAUGCUACUGAUAACUGGAACUGGGAUUUCACAUCAGCCCUCUUCUUCGCCAGCACUGUGCUGUCCACGACAGGAUAUGGCCACACUGUUCCUCUCUCAGAUGGUGGUAAGGCCUUCUGCAUCAUUUACUCAGUGGUGGGAAUCCCCUUCACCCUGCUGUUCCUGACUGCAGUGGUCCAGCGGAUCAUGGAGUUCAGUACCCACAGGCCCGUGGAGUACCUGCACCGGCGCUGGGGCAUGUCCAAACCUCUGCUGGCUGCCCUGCACGCCUCCCUGCUGGCCAUUAUAACUGUCUCCUGCUUCUUCCUCAUACCUGCUAUCAUCUUUUCAGUACUGGAAGAGGACUGGAAUUUUCUGGAGUCCUUCUAUUUCUGCUUCGUCUCUCUUAGUACUAUUGGCUUAGGUGACUAUGUACCAGGAGAGGGCUACCAUCAGAGAUUCAGAGAACUCUAUAAAUUGGGCAUUACAUUCUACCUGAUAUUGGGCUUGAUCGCGAUGCUGGUGGUUCUGGAAACCUUCUGUGAACUUCAGCAGCUGAAGAAGCUCAGGAAGAUUUUCUACGUGAAAAAACAAAAAACAGAAGACCAGCUAAACAUUGUGGAUCAUGAUCACCUCUCAUUCGCCUCUGUGUCCGACCAGGCAGCCUCUUUUAGGGAGAAUAAAACUGAUAUGUUUCCUGGUGACAUAGUCUCUGCCUCACCUACUACUACCUCCAAUGAACCAAUGGACCGAUGAUGCAUCCUAAAAUUUGGUGUCUAGAAACCUGACACGUUAAUGUUUCUGAAACAUCUCUGCUAAGAGCAUAAAUGUAUUGUAAUUUGUUAGUGUACUCUGCUGUCAAGUUAACUGAAACCUUCCAUAGAUAUGAAUACUUGAAACACCGGCUGAAGUUAAUUUAAUGGGGAAAAGGAUUGCAUGAAUUUGUAGAAUACAUAAUAUCAUAGGACAUCAUGGUUCAUGCUGCUGCUGAAUGGAAAAAACAUUUUGUGACCAGGGUUUUGUGUGUGUGUGUGUGUGUGUGUGUGUGUGUGUGUGUGUGUGUGUGUGUGUGUAUAUAAAUGAUAAAUCCAUCCAUGACUUCUAAAUAUAAAUAGUUAACUGGUAAGUGGUCAUAGACUAGCAUUAAAUACUUCAUAUGCUGUUCUUGUUAGGUGACAUAAAGGGAUCCAUAUCCUGUAUUAUAGUUUUACAGAUUUAUUAAUGGAAAUCAAGUUUUCAGGUUACUAAGUUUGUAGAUAUUGCUUAAGGCUGGAAAAAACUGCAUGACGUUUAUGAUUAUAGGCAGUUGAUAGAUUUCACUGAAAAUUGUGUAGUGAAUGAUGGGCACAGACUUGAUUUUUUAGCUUCAGAUUAAGAUUCCAUCCAAUCUGAGAAUAUCAAAUGUUUGAUAUUCUGUGCCGAUUUUAGAACACAUUGUUUUCAUUUGUCAGCAAUAAGGGGCACAACUGUAUAGUAUAUUUCAGCCUUAACUAUUCAAAGUCUGCAAAUGUACAAUGCUUUUGUAUAACAAUCUGUUCAGAAAAAAUCAGGUAGUGUAUUCCGGCCUUUCUUCUUGUCUUUUUUUUUUUUUACUAGAUUUUUAGAGUAGACAGGGGCAGGUCUCUGAUGACAUUCCUUGUGACACAUUCUGUAAUUCACUCGUUAAGGGAAUUUAAAAUAUGUAUAUUUUUAGUAGAGGCAUCAGACUAAAACAUCUGUAUAUUUAAUUUCUUUACGUUUACGGCUUUAUUCAUGUUGGCUCUUCUACAGUUGCAUUAGGCAUUGUCCAACACCUAAAGGUGUUGUUGUGCAUUGAGUGGCAUUACUGUUGUAUUGUAAGCCAAGAACAUGAGUCACAUCAGUGCAUCAGUACGUUCUUAUGAGCGACUGUGUAUAUUGCUGAAGGAAAUUAAUGUUAUUUUAUCAUUCAUUUGUAGUUUUCAUUUUUAUAUUUUAAUUUUAUUGCACAUGCCUAAAGUCGCACUUUAACUAAACAGAAUAAACUGGAGAUUUUGGUUAUUCUGUA